UAUAUACUCUAGUAGUCUUUUAUGUGUGGAACAUCUAACUACUAACGAUGCUCGCUGUUCGUUGCUCCUCCUGCGUUCUUCGUGGACCAAACUCAACGGCUACAGCCCUUGUUAGGAGAACUGAGCAUGCCCAUUUCUCCGGGAAACUAGCUACUCCUCUUAUGGUGAACACCCGAGAUUUUGCAUCACAUAGAGAUAAUAGGGGUAUAACAUUUGGGACUUCUAAUAAUGGCAUCCAUUCCGGACAUAACAAACCAGAUUCUUUUGGGGUGGAGGUGGUGGCUCAAACUGCUCUUAGACUAGUUGUAAAUGAAUCAUUCACUUCACGUACGUCAGGUAUGAUGAAAUUUGGGAUUCCAGUGGAGCUUGUUGUCACUAAUUUAUUAGUGAUGGCAACACCUUUCGAAGCCAUGGCAGAGAGCUGCGAAGCAGACCAGUCUCUAUUCAGCAUGAACAUGCCUUUGCUGCUGAUUGUUGCUUUAAUUGGGGCUACUGUUGGAGGACUACUUGCUCGGCAAAGAAAAGGAGAACUACAACGUCUGAAUGAACAAUUGAGACAGAUUAAUGCAGCCUUGAAGAGGCAAGCAAAGAUCGAAUCAUACGCACCCAGUUUAAGUUAUGCUCCUGUUGGAACCACUAAGAUAGCUGAGAAUCAAGUGAUUGUUGAUCCAAGAAAACAGGAUUUGAUAUCACGUUUGAAAAACGGAAAGAACUUCUUAAGAAAUCAAGAUCCAGAUAAGGCAUAUCUUGAGUUCAAAACUGCUCUGGAACUUGCUCAAACCAUCAAAGAUCCCAUAGAGGAAAAGAAGGCUGCAAGAGGAUUAGGAGCAUCGCUGCAGAGGCAGGGUAAAUUUAGGGAAGCCAUUAAGCAUCAUUCCAUGGUUUUAUCAAUUUCAGAGAAAGAAGGGGAGGAUUCAGGAAACACAGAAGCAUUUGGAGCCAUAGCCGACUGUUACACAGAACUUGGUGAUCUAGAGCGAGCAGCCACUUUCUAUGAUCAGUACAUCUCUAGAUUACAAGCAGACUGAUUAGUUUCUUUAGUUCAAUUUUGUACUAGACAUUACUCCCCUGUAAACAGCUUUCGCCAUGUCAUGUUAUCUGUGAAACAUAACAUGCAGUCUAA